AUGUCAUUGAACACUUCCACUGCAGGAAAAGGUGUGGAUCCAAAUACUGUUGACACUUACGACAGUGGUGAUGAUUGGGAAAUUGGUGUUGGGAAUUUAAUAAUUGAUCUGGAUGCCGAUUUGGAGAAGGACAGACAGAAAUUUGAGAUGAAUAAUUCUAAUACCACCAGCAGCAGCACCGCCAGCUCCAAGGAUUGUGGGGGCCUUGCUUCCAGUGGGGCUAAUGCUACCUCAGCCUUAGCUGAUGGCCUAAAAUUUGCUUCUGUUCAGUCCGCUGCUCCCCAGGGGAAUUCAUCUCACAAAGAGACUAGCAAAUCAAAAGUGAAAAGGAGUAAAACUUCUAAGGAUGCUAAUAAAUCUCUGCCUUCUGCUGCCUUGUAUGGGAUUCCUGAGAUCAGCAGUGCUGGCAAGAGGCAGGAAGUCCAAGGGCGCCCUGGAGAGGCAACUGGCAUGAAUUCAGCACUGGGUCAAAGUGUGAACAGUAACCCAAACGGCAAUAAUACCACCACCAGCAACACCACCACCAUUGCCUCUUGUGGGAAAAACAAAGAGGAGAAACCAGGUAAAGCCCCGGGCAGCAGAGGCUCCAAGCGGGAUAAGGAUGUGGGAAAAUCCAGGAAGGACAAACAACAUGACCUGCAGCAGGGCCACACCAACAGCAGCACAGGUGGCAGUGGCCAGGCUCCUGCUGGGCACCUCUAUGGGUUUGGGAUCAAGGGAGGUGGCGGUGGAAGCAGCAGCCCCUUCCACUGCACCUCCUCUGCUGUGGGGGAGGUGAGCAAAAGUAUCCCGGAUUCAGGGUUAAUGGGGAACUCUAUUUUGGUAAAGAAGGAGGAGGAGGAGGAGGAGGAGAGCCACAAGCGAAUCAAGAAAUUGAAAACAGAAAAGACCUGGAGAAAGUUUCUGUUUUGUCUGCUCCUUUUGAUCAUCCAGGAGAAACCCCGAAAUGACCCUGACUUAGCUGUCCCCGAUUUUAGCAGAGAGCAGUGGUGUUGGUACCAGUAA